AGGUGUGUGUCAUCUUUUAUCUGUCUUAUCCCGUAAUCUCCAUCUACCAUGAUUUCUCUUGCACCACCCUUUCCACCUUCGCCUUCAUUCGUUUCAGAUCCUUUUUCUUUCUAUUCACCGUGCUUUGGCGCUGUUCGUUGUUCCUAUCUUCUAAAUUAGGGUUUUUCUCAUUCACAGAUUCUCGAGCAACUUCCCGUUAUUUACGAGAUUUUCGUUUCCUUAAUGAUUGAGCUUUGUCGGUUGGUUUCGCCAGCGGACCACAAAAUGCUUCUUGGGAUUUGAGUGUCCCGAAACUUGUUCUGCUGCCUUUUCUUUUUCAUAUUAUGGUUCCUCGUUCUUGAUGCCCUAAUAUCGAAGUGAGCGCCUUCCAAGAAUCUGAUAUUUUUUAGGAUGAAAGGUGUUAGAGAUUGGGUUUUCUCUCAGAUACUGUCCAAAUCAGUGGUCUCGUCUCUGCCAUUAUCAGGAAGUAAUAAUAGUUUCUAUGAUGAAGUGCAACGGGAUGAAGAUUUUAAUGGGCAAGGUUCUGCUCACUCAGUUAGUUCGGUAGCAUCACCAGUUCCUUCUGACACAUCAAACUCUUUUAAUGGUAAUCAGAGUAAUCAGCAAAAUUCUGCCUUAGUGCAAGCAUCAGAUACAGAAAUUUGUCAAUCUCAACAUAGCUCCAAUGGAAGACGUAGGGAUACUUUAUCAAAGGUUGAUGAUCUCCAAGUUAAAUUGUUCCGCCUGCUCAAGCGCCUUGGCCAGCAAGAAAAUCUCUUGGUCACAAAGGUUCUUUAUCGGAUGCAUCUGGCAACUUUGAUUCGUGCUGAGGAAUCAGAUCUGAAAAGGGUUAACCUCAGUAGCAGUAGAGCCCGAGCAAUAGCAAGCCAGCAGGAGGCAACUGGUAUACCCGAAAUGGAUUUCUCCUGCAGAAUACUUGUCCUCGGUAAAACAGGAGUUGGUAAAAGUGCUACCAUAAAUUCCAUAUUUGGAGAAACAAAAUCCAUCACUGAUGCAUUUCAACCUGCUACUAAUUGCAUCCAAGAAGUUGUAGGAACUCUCAAUGGUCUUAACAUAACGUUUGUGGAUACCCCUGGUUUCCUGCCUUCCUCUAACAGUAAUGUGAAGAGAAAUAAGAGGAUCAUGCUUUCUAUAAAGAGGUUCAUUAGAAAGUCCCCUCCAGACAUUGUGUUGUACUUCGAACGGCUUGAUCUUAUCAAUGCUGGUUACAGUGACUUACCACUUUUGAAACUUAUAACUGAAGUGUUUGGCAAAGCAAUCUGGUUCAACACCAUCCUGGUCAUGACUCAUUCUUCCUCAUCUAUCCCGGAAGGACCUGACGGGUCUACUGUUAAUUAUGAGUCAUAUAUUUCUCAAUGUACUAACUUAAUACAACAGUAUAUACAUCAGGCUGUGGUCGAUUCAAGACUUGAAAACCCCGUACUUUUGGUUGAGAACCAUCCUCAGUGCCCAAAAAACACUUUGGGGGAGAAAAUUCUUCCAAAUGGACAGGUUUGGAGAACUCAACUCUUGCUACUUUGCAUUUGUACCAAAGUUCUGGGUGAUGUCAAUUGCCUCCUUAAGUUUCAGAACAGUGUAGAACUGGGACCAGAAAAUAGUACCCGAAUUCCUUCUCUACCCCAUCUACUUUCAUCCCUCUUACGCCAUCGCCCUGUAUCCAAUCUAAGUGGAAUUGAUGAUGAAAUUGAGGAAAUUUUACUCUCAGAUAAUGAAGAAGAAGAUGAAUAUGAUCAACUUCCAUCUAUACGAAUCUUGACAAAAUCCCAGUUUGAAAAGUUGUCCCAGCAGCAGAAAAAAGAUUAUCUGGAUGAAAUGGAUUACAGGGAGACUCUUUACUUAAAGAAACAGUUGAAAGAUGAUUAUCGUAAGCGCAAAGAGAAGUUACUCUUAAAAGAGCAGGAGUUUUUGAAUAGUGAUAAUUCUGAUGAUCAACAGGCUCCUUCAGAACCUGUUCUGUUACCGGAUAUGGUUGUUCCUCCAAGUUUUGACUCAGAUUGCCCUAUUCAUAGAUAUCGUUGCCUUGUUGCUAAUGACCAAUGGCUUGCGAGACCUGUUCUUGAUCCCCAAGGAUGGGAUCAUGAUGUGGGCUUCGAUGGUGUAAACUUGGAGACCGGUACAGAAAUAAAGAAGAAUGUAUAUGCCUCGGUUGUGGGACAGAUGACUAAGGACAAGCAGGAUUUCAGUAUUCAAUCUGAGUGUGCUGCAGCUUAUGUUGAUCCGUGGGGUCCUACUUAUUCUUUGGGUGUUGAUGUUCAGUCCGCUGGUAAAGAUCUGGUAUGUUCAGUUCAUAGCAACACAAAGUUGAGAAAUAUAAAACACAAUAUUGCUGACUGCGGUGUUUCUUUGACAUCUUUUGCAAAUAAGUACUAUGUGGGAGCAAAAUUUGAGGAUACUGUGUUAGUUGGGAAGAGAUUAAAAUUUGCUAUGAAUGCUGGCCGCAUGGAGGGUCCAGGACAAGUGGCAUAUGGUGGGAGUUUUGAAGCUAGUCUACGCGGUGAAGAUUAUCCUGUAAGGAAUGACAAUUUAAGUCUGACAAUGACAGUCCUUUCCUUCAAUAAAGAGAUGGUAUUGAGUGGAAGUUUACAAUCUGAGUUCAGGUUAAGUCGAAGCUUGAGAGCAUCCAUUAGUGCUAAUCUAAAUAGUCGCAAUAUGGGGCAAAUAUGUAUAAAGACGAGUAGCUCUGAGCAUUUACAAAUUGCUCUGGUUGCAGUUUUCUCAAUUUUCAAGGCUCUAUCACGUAGAAAAGCAACUAAGAACAUGGUGGAGGAAGUAAUGGACAGAGGUUAGGUUCUGUGUGUUUGGCCGGACUGAUCUUUUUUUUGGUUUAAGGAAGAAGCGAAAGUGGUAUAGCAGUCUACAUGCCAAACAUAGAUACUUUUUUCCCCUGUGAAGGGAAGACAGGUUAGAAUCAGAUUUUUUUUGUUUUUGGAAGAGGUUAGCUGGAGUUCUAUUCUUCUUGAUACUUCAGGUGCCUGUUUUUGGAAGUCUCUUUAGGUAAGGCUGGCAUCUUGAACCUACUUAUGUCUGUAGAUCGUUGUUCAAUAAUCAGUAUCUGGGAGCUUCAUCAGCUAUUGAUAUUCAUUUCUAUUUUGUAGUAAAUGAAGUCAUGACUGUACAGUAAAGCACAGAAAAUUUCUGGCUUUUUUCUCUGAUUUUUUUAAAUAAGUUGGAAUAUGAUUGCAAUAGGAAUUAUUGCAAUGUGGAAAAUGUUAAUGAAGCUCAGGAUGCAUUGUAAAUGAUAGAGCAAAUAGCUACAGAUCAUCUCGUUUUAAAAGUUUGCAUUCAUGUUCUUAUGCUGGAUUUGAAUUCAUUGUGCGGUACGGCCGGUACCUAUCAUCGAACAGGAUUUUCUAUGGAUUUUGGUUCAGGAGACUCGGUUGCCGGCAACAUGUCAGUAGGUGAAGAAGAAUAAGUUGUAUUUUUGCCCAAAUCCUUUUUUCACCCUACAGUAAGUAAUGUGUUGGGCAUUUUUCAGUUGCAACUAUCUUCUGAGUUCUGUUGUGCAUUUCCUUAAGAUGCAAGUCUGACUUAAGAACUGCCUAGUUUUAGGUUGCUUGCUGAGCAGUGCACUACUCGCGUCACAAAAAUGAAGACACAGCAUUCAGGUUGAAUUGACACCUGAGGCGUUUGUACGAGCGAUUCAACUAUUAGUAGGGGUGUACAUGGUUUGGGCAAAUUGAACCGGUUUUAAAAAGUGAUUCAGUUCUAAAAUUUGUUUGAAAAAAUAUGGUGCGGUUUGGUUCAUUUAUUUUUUGCACACUUCUUAGAGUGUGUAUCGAACCGGAUUUUAAAAAAUGGUUUAGUUUUUGAGCCAGUGGUUCUGUUUUUGAACUAGUUAAAAAAAUGUGAUUCUUUUGGUGCCUUUUACUAUUUGGUUUUUCACAUUUUUAAGAUUGUGUAUAAUUGGUACAGUGGUUUGGAUUU